AUGCCUAAGAUAUUAGAAAGCAUUUCUCGAACUUUGUUAAAAUUAAAAAAUGAAUUCGUGUAUCAGGCAGACAUAUUUGGCCAACCUCCAAGUUUUACAGUUCUCAAAAGAAGUAAAUACACGACUAAAUUUGGAUUUGUAAUGUCAAUUUUGAUUGGAACACUAAGUGCAUACUAUUUGAUUACUGAAAUCACGUCUAUGAUUUCAAAAUCAAAGCCGUCGAUAUAUUAAACAGAAAUACAAGUGAUCGAGACAGAUUCCUAUUAUCUUCAUAAUGAAAAUUUCACAUUAGCAAUAUCAAUUGCAAACCGCUUUUCAGAGCCAUUAAUUGGAAUCAAUAAAUACUUUAAUUUGAAUGUGAGUCAGUGCAAUAGAGAAAGGAUUAGAAAUCCGUCAACAGGAAAUAUAACAGUGUCAUUGAAGUGCAUUGAGAUGCCCAUAGAGCCUUGCAAUAUGUCGCAUUUUACAACAGACCUUUAGUAAGAAUACUUUAAGACGAUAAGAUUUGGAGGAGUUCAAUGUAUUAAUAGAGAUUAUAUAAAAGCAAAUCCCCCGGUUUUAAAAGGUCAACUCAAUGCCUUAGAAUAUUAAUAUCUAUAUAUAUAAUUCACAGCUUGCAAGAAUAGUAGUAGUUUUCAGGGCUGUGCUCCUUAAGAAGAAAUCAGAGAUAUCUUAUAAGCAGGGCAUUAUAAUAUUUAUAAAAGUGAUUAUAUAGCCCAGCUUGAUCAUCCUGAAGAACCAUAUAAAUAAAUUAUCACAAAUGAAUUCAGUGGUUUUUCUUAUAGCACAUCAAAAACGAUUGUGUAGUCAUACAGAAUUGUACAAACUGCUACAGAUGAUGGAUUGAUUUGGGAUGUUGAAAAUGUUUGGUAAAAUAUUCAACAAACAGAUUGGAGAGAAAUAUCAGACUUUUAUAAUCAAUAAUAUCUAAUUCUUCACGUUAUUAAGUUAGACUUUAAAUAGACUAAUAACAUUAGAACAUAUAUCAAAUUGUAAACGAUUUUAGGAAAACUUGGUGGCAUAUUGCAAAUAUUUUUAAUGGUUGUUACUAUCAUUUUAAAACCUAUCAUUGACAAUUUGAUGAAGCUAGAAAUAGCAAACUCCCUCUACAGAUUUCAAGAUUCAUCAGAAAAAAAAUACACACCUGCAAACAGUAAUAAGGAGAUUGAAGGCUCAACUAGUUAGAAAAAUGAAAAGCUCAACAAGUCGGUGUUUGAGACAUUUCUAAUAAUUUUUGGAUUGUAGAAAGAAAAGCAUUAGUAAUUUCUAAGGGCGAGAAAUAAAAUAGGAAAGAAUUUAGACAUAGUAACAAUCCUAAAAAGAUUGCAAGAAAUAGAUAUGUUGAAACGAAUCCUAUUUUCAAAAGAGUAGAUUGAAAUAAUAAAGAGCUUACCUAGGCCUCUGAUAGAUAAGAAAUUAUUCAUUACUCAAAAUCUGAUAGAACAUGAAAUAGAUAAAGAGAAAGCGAAUUAAAUUAAUUUAUCGCCUCUAUAAAGCGAGUAAACAAGAUUCAAUUAAUUUCAUUACUUUCCAAAAAUAAAUACAGUUUAAGAAAAAUAGUAAAUCGAUACAAAUUUACAAUUAUAUUUAGAUCAUUGCAAUGUAAUGUUAAUAAAUAAUUCAAAGGAUUCUUAAAAACCAAAAGUCAGGUUGUAAAGCAUUUUAUUAAAAUGCCCAUCCUUGCCCUUGUGCAACAGUCAGAUAAUAAAGUGUGAUGAAAUAGAAGAGCCUGUUUAUCAGAAAACAAAAAAAUGA